GACUGGGGGGAGAGCACGUGACCAACGGAUGACUCGGGUGCUCCUUAGCAGAAGCGUCCUGGUGGCCGCCGCGGGCCAGCUGCCCCGAGCCGGCGCGCCAGGGUCCCGGGAGGCCGCGGGGGCCGGGGGUCGUGUUGGGGUGCGAGUGGGACAGGCGUGCCCGGCUUGGGGCAGGUGCCGAGGCCUCGGCCCGGGACCGGCACGUCCCGUUGUUCCCUAAAAGGAGUUAGGUGGAAUCAGGAAGUCGUAGCGUUCAACAGGAUCUUCAUAACCGUCGAAUCCCCGUUUGCUGCAGGCAGCGAAGUUCCUUGUGUUAGAAGACGCCAGGAGUGGUCUGCAGGCAGUUCUUCCUAGCUUGAGGAGGGAACGAGCCUGGCAUUCCCACCAACCCGCUGCCCGUGAUGAUCAAGUGCUUGUCGCUUGAAGUGCAAGCAAGAUUGCGUUCUGGCCUGACCAUAGGCUCCUUAGGCCAGUGUGUGGAGGAGCUUUCCCUCAACAGCAUCGACGCCCAAGCAACAUGUGUGGCCGUGAGGGUGAACAUGGAAACCUUUCAAGUUCAAGUGAUAGACAAUGGAUUCGGGAUGGGGAGUGAAGACGUGGACAAGGCGGGAAAUCGCUAUUUCACCAGUAAAUGCAGCUCGGUGCAGGACUUAGAGAGGCCACAGUUUUAUGGUUUCCGGGGGGAGGCGUUGGCAAGCAUAGCUUACAUGGCCAGUGCCAUGGAAAUUUCAUCUAGGAAAAACAGAACAAUGAAAACGUUUGUGAAACUGUUUCAGAAUGGAAAAGCCCUCAAAGCUGGUGAAGCUGAUCUGAGUAGACCAAGUGCUGGGACGACAGUCACGGUCUAUAACCUUUUCUACCAGUUACCUGUGAGGAGGAAGUGCAUGGACCCUAGGCUGGAAUUUGAGAAAAUUAGACAGAGGAUAGAAGCUCUCUCACUCAUGCACCCUUCCAUCUCUUUCUCUUUAAGAAACGAUGUGUCUGGUUCCAUGGUGCUUCAGCUCCCUAAAACCAAAGACAUAUGUUCCCGAUUUUGUCAAAUUUAUGGAUUGGGGAAGUCCCAGAAGUUACGAGAAAUACAUUUUAAGUAUAAGGAAUUUGAGCUUACUGGCUAUAUCAGCUCUGAAGCACAUUACAAUAAGAAUAUGCAGUUUUUGUUUGUGAACAAAAGAUUGGUUUUAAGGACAAAAUUGCAUAAACUCAUGGACUUUUUAUUAAAGAAAGAAAGCAUCAUAUGCAAGCCAAAGAAUGGCACUGUGGGCAGACAAAUGAGUUCAAGUCCUCGGCAUCGGUCUACUCCAGAACUCCACGGGGUUUAUGUGAUCAAUGUGCAGUGCCCAUUCUGUGAAUAUGAUGUGUGCAUGGAGCCAGCAAAAACACUGAUUGAGUUUCAGAACUGGGAUACUCCCUUGGUUUGUAUUCAAGAAGGAGUGAAACUGUUUUUAAAGCAAGAAAAACUAUUUGUAGAACUAUCAGGUGAGGACAUUAAGGAAUUUAACGAAGACAAUGAUUUUAAUUUAUUGGGUGCUACUCUUCAGAAGACCUCUGAAGAGAAGUGUGACCAGGGAAGUUUCCAGGAGGCGUGCAAUAAUAUUUUGGAUUCCUAUGAAAUGUUUAAUUUGCAAUCAAAGGCUGUGAAAAGAAAAGCUACUCUAGAAAACAUAAAUAGAGAGAAUUCUCAGGCUGUGGAAGCUAUCAGAAAAAAGACAGAUGAUUCAUUUUUGUGUGCCCAUGAAUCAGGUGGCCCUUUGCCUGAUGAAAUGACGACAUCACCGUUACAUAAAGCUAGCUCCUGCUCAGAUUCAGUGUUAGAACAAGAGACAGUUGACGCACCAGACUGGAGAGAAAAUGUGGAACAUGCAAAAUCUGGCCUUGACCCUUACUCUUUAGAAAACCCACAUAGAACCACUUCAGAAAAGUUUUCUUUUCAAACACUUCGCUUGGGGAACAGUGAAGAAGAUCUAGAAGUACAGAAAGUGAAUAGAACUACUAAUGGCGUGGCUGCCAACAUUCUAAAAAAUAAUGCCACUCAGGAUCAACUGGAGAGACUGGAAGAUGCUGCCGUCUCGGAUUGCCAGUCUCAGCCUUUGGAAACAGCAUUUCUGCGAGUCCAUGGUGCUCAGAGAGAGAAAGAGACAAGAGAAGAAGAACCUAGUGGUUGUGGAGGAAGAAACAAGUUUAGUUAUGGACCAGUUAAAUUAUGUUCUACUGGCUUCAUAACUCAUGUGGUGCAGAGUGAGGUAACUCCAUCCACUGAAGCAGGACAUCCACUGAAAAAUUAUGUUCGACCUGGUCCUGUGAGUGCCCAGGAAACAUUUGGAAGUAAGACACAUCAUUCAGUUGAGACUCCAGACAUCAAAGAUUUAACCAGCAUUUUAAGUAAAGAAUCUGCUCAGUUGCCCAACAGAGAAGUCUGCAGAACCAGUGUAGGUUAUGGGCUCAAGCAAAGACCUAUAGCAGCACAUAGAAAUCUUUCCACUUUUCAGGACAAUGGUCUAAAAGCACACACAGACUGUUUACUUCCGGCUACAUCUUCCUUCCCUUUACAUAGACACAUUCGCAAUGGUGGUAAGAAAACACACACAUUGAUUAGUUCAUCCAAACACAUAGUCCGUAAGAAGCUGAGGUUGAGUUGCCCGCUAGGCUCUUUAGAGAAGUUCAAGAGGCAGUAUGGGAAGGUUAACAGUUCUCCCGAUUCAGAAGCAAAGGAAAAUGACAUUGAAGUCCCUGCCAGUCUCUGCCCUCAAGUUGAGUCUGAUGUUCCCCUGAGAGACCAGAGUUGCUCUAACAACUCUUACAUUUGUAAAAGCAUUGCUGUGAUGCGUGAUGGUUUGAGUGGUAGCUGUCAGCCAGAAGGUCACCUUGAGUAUCCCGAGGAGUUUCCACUCUCUGAGGAAGAAGAUCACGUGGAACAACAGAUGGCUUGUUUGGGAGAAAGUCCUCCAACUGUAUGGGGCUUUAACAGAAGGCCUUUGGGUAUUGACAGAUUGCCUAAAUCACUAUCCUCCAAAUUAUCCAAACUGAAGGAUUCUGUAAGAGAGACACAAGCAAGAGAGUUAAGUCUUAAUGAACUUCCAGAUUCAAACUGCAGUGCAGAAGACAAUAGUUUCUGCAGUGGGUUAACCAUAGAUUUUUGUCAGUUAUUUGAAAAUCAGCAUAAGAAAGCAGAGAAUGACGCCCACCCCAGGUCAAAUUGUGUUACACAGGAUAAUUCUUCCAACAAAGAUAGUGAGACACAUUGUGACAGGAAUACAACAGAGAACUGUGUAAUAUCAGAAACCCCUUUGGCUUUACCUUAUAAUUUUGAAGUUACUGAUAAAGAUUCAGACAUUCUUCUCAGAGCUUCAGAACAGCAGACAGGAAGUCCUGACUCGUCCACUGGAAGGGUACCGAGGCAGGUAGAGGAUUCCCCACCCAAACAAGAUGCAGUCUGUUUUGAGAGUAAGGAAUCUAAUACAAGAGCUUGUUGUGGACCAGAAGAGUCCAACACAUCCUCCAUGGAUUGGCAGCAGCACUUUGAUGUCACCUUGGGGAGAAUGGUUUACAUCAACAGGAUGACAGGGCUUAGCAUGUUCACUGCUCCUACAGAGGACAUCCAGAGCGCAUGUACUAAAGACCUGACCACGAUGGCGGUGGAUGUUGUCCUUGGGAACGGGUCUCAAUACAGAUGUCAUCCUUUUAGAAGUGACCUUAUUCUUCCUUUCCUUCCAAGAGCUCAGGAGGAGAGGACUGUGACGAGAAAGAAUUCCAGAGAUACUGCGGAUGAUGGUGACGGCAGCGAAUCCCUGCAGUCUCUGCUCUCAGAGUGGGACAACCCGGUAUUUACCCGCUACCCAGAGGUUGCUGUUGAUGUGAGCAGGGGCCAAGCUGAGAGCUUAGCAGUUAAAAUUCACAACAUCUUGUAUCCAUAUCGUUUCACCAAAGAAAUGAUUCAUUCAAUGCAGGUUCUCCGGCAAGUGGAUAACAAGUUUAUCGCCUGUUUAAUGAGCACUAAAGCUGAAGAGGAUGACAAAGCAGGUGGGAACCUGCUUGUCCUGGUGGACCAGCAUGCCGCCCAUGAGCGCAUUCGUUUGGAGCAGCUUCUUACAGAAUCCUAUGAGAAACAACAGCCACAAGGGUCAGGUCGGAAAAAACUACUGUCUUCCACUGUAAUUCCUCCGCUGGAGAUAUCGGUGACAGAGGAACAAAGGAGAUUGCUCUGGUGUUACCACAAGAAUCUGGAAGAUCUGGGCCUUGAAUUUAUAUUUCCAGACACCAAUGACUCGCUGGUCCUUGUGGGAAAAGUCCCGCUCUGUUUUGUGGAAAGAGAAGCCAGUGAACUUCGGAGAGGAAGAUCUACCGUGACCAAGAGUAUUGUAGAGGAAUUCCUUCGAGAACAAGUGGAGCUGCUCCAGACCACAGGAAGCAUCCACGGGACGCUGCCACUGACGGUCCAGAAGGUGCUGGCAUCCCAGGCCUGCCAUGGGGCCAUUAAGUUUAAUGAUGGCCUGAGCCUAGAGGAGAGCUGUCGCCUGAUUGAAGCCCUGUCCUGCUGCCAGCUGCCGUUCCAGUGCGCUCACGGGAGGCCAUCUAUGCUGCCUUUAGCCAACAUAGAUCACUUGGAGCAAGAAAAGCAGAAUAAACCCAAUCUUGCUAAACUUCGCAAAAUGGCUCGGGCCUGGCAUCUCUUUGGGAAAGCAGAAGAUUCCAACAAGAGGCAGUGUGUGCAGCAGUCUGUGACUCCUUGUGAACUGCCCUAAGGCCAGAAUUCCUGACCAGUGAGAAGCCGGAGGGUUUAAAGCUUCUGUCUGCAUGUCCCUGAGUUGGAGCCAGCACCUGUGCAGCUUCAAGACCACUGAGCCUUCUGGUUGGGCUGGCUGGGGUGGACGGUCCCUCUCGGGAAAUAACCAGAUGACAUCCAUGCACAAAGCCAGUUCAUGUGUUUGCAUCUGUGGACAUAGGCAGUUCCCACAUCAUAGGGACUGUAACUUAUUCUGGGAUAAAAUUUAAUGAUUCAUGGAUUGGUUGGUUGGUUGAUGUAUAAAGGGUGUGAGGAUUUUUUAAGAUUUAUUUCUUCCUGUGAUCUUGUUUUUGUGCAAUUUUCAAAUUUAUAUGUGUGUCAUCGAGCUGAAGGGUAAACUCCAGGACAGGGUCUGCCUUUCCACACGGUUCCAGAUUUCUCCCACUAGUCCCUCUCUGCCCUUCCAUCUUCUCUACUUCCUCUGCUACUGCUUUGGAUUCUGAAUCACAGACAAACAAUUCCUCUGUUCUCAAUGAAAAUAUUCACUGAAACCUCCAA